AUGGAGAAACCGAUACGCAAUAGAGUGCAUUUUGUACCUUCAAGCGAACGACAAGCAUCUGAAGACAACCAAGCCGAUCUGUUGACAGAAGCAACACCUGGCGAACGUAGUGCGGUUUUGGCAGCGCUGGCUCAGCUCAAUAGCGGUAUUGCCCAGCUGCUAGCAAAUGCCGAACCGGCAAGUGUGGUCAAGAACCCAGCCAUCUUGAAACCCGCUUCAUUUCAUAACAAAACAACUUUUUCACGUCGUCACCGCCAACGCAUGAGUGAGUCAAAAGAGCGUGGCUGCAACACAAAUCAAGACAAGGAAGCAGGAACCCGAGACGUUGUGGCUCCGGCUCAAGCACGGGUCGCAGCAACAAAGCAAGUAGAGCAACACGUGUUGCAGCGAGAACGGGAGUUGCGACGUACAGCUAUGCGCUCUGUGCCUCGAAGCAGCAAAUGA